AAACAAAGGCAACUAUACAAUAACAUUCGUUCAAAAUUUCUUUCGGCAUGUCUGCAUCUGUACAUAUGAUUUAUAUAUCCAAAGGAAACAAAUUGACGAUAUUAUGUAAACAUUUGAUUGUUUGGUGUCUUCAAAUAUUUUGAUCGAAGAUCAUGACAUCAUAAAUGCAAGCAUUUCGAGUUUCCUGCGUCCCUUGUUAUUAUGUAUUCAUUCACCAUGGAACGAGGACGUCGCUUGCCAUUCGGUUGCAUUAACUUUAUAUUUUUCAUGUUAUUUAUAACAUGUUGCAACUCUUUAACACCACAAUGUAGGAAUGAAAAAGGAGAACCUGUUGAUUGGUUCUAUGUGUAUAAAUUACCACGAGAAAAAAAUCAUUUGAACCCACUUGUACGAAGAGGAGUUGCUUAUAUGCAUUUGACACCAUCAAAACUACGAGGAGGAUGGAUUAUGUCAGAUCUCUCUAUUAGUGACCCAAGAUCUAUGGUUGGAAGGACAUUAGCUCCACUGUACCAGGAUAAAAAUAUUAUAUCACUUGUAUAUAAUGAUCAACCACCAGCGACAGAACACCAACCUGAUUUGCUGCAGUCUGUUGCUGAAAUGUAUUCGAAAAAUAAAAAAGUACAAAUGAAACAGGCAGGAGUGAAAAAAUUUAAGAAGUUCAAGCUAGGCGAAAAAUAUUAUGACGAUUAUGAUUUAGCUGAAAUGUGUAAGAUGCAUUCGAAGUUUAUGAAAUCAAGAGUAGAGAAUGGCCAUACAAAAGGCGUCGUAUUGGGAGACAAAUUUACAGCACUAUGGUUGGUGCAUUCUGUUCCGAGGUUUCCGCCUUUACCAGACAUGAACGGUUUGAACGUGAGUUCGUACAACUACCCAACUACUGGCAUGAAGUAUGGACAGACGUUUCUCUGUGUGUCCGUACCGACGUCAACUCUCAACCAAAUUGGAACGCAGUUGAAAUACAACGAGCCUCUUAUAGUUUAUCAUCACAUACCUCAGGAAUUUGAUAGCGAAUUACCGAACUUGGUCGAUGUCAUACGAAAUAAAACCAUCGAUGCCGCUCCUUGGUAUCACAUCGAAAGUUUCGAGACGUUAGUUGGUCGGAAAUUCCUCUCGUUUGCAAAGAGCGCGAUGUUCAACGACGACUUGUACAGUGGUCUCGUGGCUGAAGUGUUGCAGUCAGACUUGCUUGUCGAAUCCUGGACUAAUGGACCUGGGACUUUGGACUCGGAGUGUACGAGAAAUUUUCAAGUCCGCAACAUAGAACGGCUGAAGUUCCCGAUCGCCAAGAUGUCGUUCACGUCGCACAACGACCACUCCAAGUGGACGGUGGCGGUCGCGCACAAGAUGCACAACACGCAGGACACCAAGGUCGCCGACUACUGGGUCUGCGUCGGAGAUAUCAACAGAGCCUUACCCCAAGAAUCUCGUGGCGGUGGUACGGUCUGUACUUCGGGGCCAAUACUGUGGGGGAACUUCGCACAUCUCAUCGAAUCUGUUCAGACUUGCAAUUAGAUAUUUAAACGUAUUUUUUAAAAUCAAACAACAUUCCUGUGGAACUGUGAUGUUUAGGUUAAGUGAGCAUGGCGUUUAAAAUAUCGCGACUUUCAACAUAUACGGAUGACAAAACUUAGUGCCUUUAGUAUAAUAAUUAGUGUCUACGGCUGCGUAAUUAGGCUCGGUGUGGGUUAUAUUACUCACAGCCAAUAGUGAUAUGUUUAGUGAUAGGCCCAAUGUAGCUUUUACCGAAUACGACUAUUCGGAAAAACUUUACUUAUUCGAUUAUUCGCCCAAAGAUUCGUUUGGUUUUUUUACUAAUUUUAUAUUAACUUGACUUGUAUGUAAUUUUAUUGAUAUCAUGUAAUACGACGGUAUUCUAAUUAAUAAAAAAAAUCGAUAUUCCAAGUUGGACCGAGUUAUAUAGAGUUUAUUUUAUCGAGACUCUGUGUAUAUACUUAAAGCCUUUUAAAUAAUAUUGUAAA